CGUAGACACGGAGCAUAUAAAUGUCCCCCGCCGCGCUGCUGACUGGAACCUAUUAGUCUUCUCUGUUGAUCAGUCCAUUCGUUAGGAUUCUCCAGAAGCCAUUGAAACUCAUCUCGUGCCUCAAUUAGCGGUUGAGAAUAGCUUUCAUACGCGAUGAAGACCGCCACCGCCCUCGCCGCGGCGCUGUUCGCCCUGCGAUCUUUCGCAACCGAUCCCCUCACGGCAGACAAGGCAGAGGCCGACAUCAAGACCGAGGAACUCGAGCGCAACCUGUGGAACUUGAAUAAGAUCGCCCGCGAUAACGGCGGCAACCGUGCCUUCGGUCUGCCUGGUUACAAGGCCUCCUCUGACUACAUCCUCGAGCGCGUACAGGGCCGCUUCUACAAGCAGCUCGACACCAAGGUCCAAUACUUCAACCACACCUUCUCCCAGACGCGUGAGAUCAGCGUUACCGGCCCGGACGGCGAGGAUGUCUACGUCGUUGCUCUUCAAUACAACCACCCGACAACUCUCCCCGGUGGUGAUACGGCCCCUCUCAUUGACACUCCCGUCGAUGACACCAGAGGCUCUGGUUGCUUCGCUGACCAGUGGACUGGCAUUGAUGCCACUGGCAAGCUUGCUCUCGUGAAGCGUGGUGUCUGCGCCAUCUCCGAUAAGCUCAAGCUCGCGAAGGCCGCCGGUGCCGUCGGUGUCAUUCUGUACAACCAGACCCCGGGCAAAGACAUUGGCUCUGCCACCCUCAGCGCUGAGAACCUGGGCCUGCUGGUGCCCGUGGGUCUCAUUCCCCUUGAGGAUGCUACUGCGUGGAAGGCGCGUUUGGCUGCUGGCGAGACCCUCGAGGUCAACCUUCUCGUUGAUGCUAUUUGGGAUGAGCGCGAGACCUGGAACAUUAUUUCAGAGACCAAGGAAGGCGACCCUAACAACGUGAUUGUUCUUGGUGCUCACCUGGACUCUGUCCAGGCCGGACCCGGUGUGAACGAUGACGGCAGCGGUACCACUGCUCUUCUCGAGAUUGCUGGAUCCUUCAAGAAGUACAGCGGCUUCAAGAACAAGGUUCGCUUCAUCUGGUGGGGUGCUGAGGAGUCCGGCCUCGUCGGAUCUCUCUACUACACUGCCCAGCUUUCCGAGGCCGAGGCCGAUGCCAUCCGUUUCUACUGGAACUACGAUAUGAUCGGUUCCAUCAACCCCGUCUACAACGUCUACCUCGGAGACAACGAGGGUGACAAGUUCGGCGCCCAGCCUAUCCACGACUACAUCGCGGCCCAGGGCAAGCCCGCUGCCUUCGGUGGCUUCGGCUCCAGCUCUGACUACGUCGGCUUCCUCCAGCUCGGUAUCCCCUCUUCCGGUAUCUUCACCGGUGCUGGCGCCCCCACCGACCCAUGCUACCACUUGGCCUGCGAUACCCUCGACAAUAUCAACUGGGACGCUCUUACCAUCAACGCCAAGGCCGCCGCCCGUGUUGCAGCUGACUUCGCCAACGAACUCCCCGCUGAUCUGCCUCGCCGUGCUACCACCACUCCUGCUCGCCGCAGCCGUGAUGCCAUCCGCCGCGAGUUCCAGAAGUGGGCUUUGGCUUCUGAGCAGGCUGAGCAUGCUAAGAGCUGCUCUCACGGCGAGCACAACGUGUACUGAGCGAGCCAUAUAGCAAGUAGUAUAGCUACAUAAUAUUAAUGCCAUCAUGAUAACGUCC